AUGACGAACGCUGAAGCCUUGACUUUGCAAGCGAUGGAUCGUUCUGUGAGCAUCAACGCUCUUCCACCGAUGUCGCUCGACAGAACACAAGGCGGAUCGCAAUUACUCACGUCGUCCGCGUCGUCCUCGUCGCUCCUCCCACCGAGCAGCCCCUCCCUCCCCCUUCUCCGGCGAGUCUCCACCGAGACCCUGCUCCAGCUAGACGCCGUCACCACUGCGCCGCCGCUGACAGAACGUCCGCCAUUGGAGUCGUUUGACAUUCCCGCCAAAGACGCGCAACGGCUCGCACGCGGGCUCCGUGCUGAGGUGGUGCUGGAGGCGGAGGAGAUCCUUCGAGGAAACGACCGAGGAGGGUAUACGAUUCCGGCUAAGGGGCUGUACCCGUACCAGUGGAACUGGGACUCUGGACUCGUGGCCAUCGGCUGGUCCGCCGUGGACCACGAGCGCGCGUGGGAGGAGAUGCGGAGACUGUUUUCCGCGCAAUGGGAGGACGGCAUGGUGCCGCACAUUGUGUUCCACCAGCCCAGCCCCACUUACUUCCCCGGUCCCGAAAUCUGGGGCACGGCGGAGAGCCCUCGGAACAGCACCGGCAUCACUCAGCCACCGAUUGCGGCGACGGCGGUUCGGCAACUGCUGGAACGAAGCAUGGGGGGAGACGUAGCUGACGGUGUGGCGUGGAACGGCGGCAGCUUGGCGGACGAUCGGAGCAGCUACAGCUUGCAGCAGGCGGAGGAGCUGUUUCCGAAGCUGAUGGCGUACCACCGGUGGUUCCACAUGGCGCGUGACCCGCAAGACACGGGGUUGGUGGCGACGCUGCACCCGUGGGAGUCGGGCAUGGACAACAGCGUGGCGUGGGACGUGCCUCUGCGCAACGUGCCCGUGGACGACAUCCCCGCGUACACGCGCAGGGACCUGGGCCACGUGGACGCGUCAAUGCGCCCCACCCAGGCGGAGUACGACCGCUACCUCACGCUGCUGUACCGAUUCCGCGCCGUGGACUAUGACCCUAGCCAGCUCUACUACCUGUCGCCUUUCCGAGUGACCGAUGUGUGCACCAACUCCCUCCUUCGCCGCGCCAACCUCGACCUCCGCUGGCUGGCCGUCACCCUGGGCCGCACAGACGACGCCAUGGAAAUCGACCAGUGGCUGCAACGCUCUGCUGCGGCUUUCCCGUCGCUUUGGGACGAGUCGAGUGGCAUCUUCCGCUGCCGCGACCAGCUCACAGGGGAGUUCCUCGAUGCCGCCACGUCAGCAGGUUUCUUGCCGCUGUUUGCUCGCACUGCAACGCUCGAACAGGCGGAGACACUGGCAGCGACUCUGUCGACGUGGCUGGACCAAGUAGAGUACGGCGUGCCAAGCCUGGACCCCGCCGACGCGCGUUUCGACAAGCUGAGGUACUGGAGGGGGCCAGUGUGGGCGAUCGUCAACUACAUGGUGACGGAUGGGCUGAGAUUCUAUGGCUAUGAGGACCUGGCGAUGCGAGUGGAGGCGAGCACACGGCGGUUGAUGAACGAGCACGGCCUGUACGAGUAUUACGAUCCCAUCACAGGGCAGGGCGCCGGAGGCAGCCAUUUUUCCUGGACUGCUGCCAUGGCGCUGGCUUGGCUCAACCAGGCGGACGGGUUCCCUGCCUGCUUGCGCUAUGAUGACCAUCUCUUUGCUUCGGAACCGGCUGUGCGCGUGCCACGUGGCAUCGAGGACAUCUCCAACGGCGACCACAUCCUUGGAUUCGGCGCCGACCUCGCUCCGGACCACCCUGGCUAUCACGAUGAGGAGUACAAGCGGCGCCGCGCACACAUAGCUGACAUUGCGAAACUGCACCAACUGGGCACGCCCAUCCCGCGCGUGCAGUACAGCGACUCGGAGACGGCGGUGUGGCGCACCGUGCUGGCGGCGCUGCAGGAGCUCUACCCCACGCACGCCUGCUCCACGUUCCUGCGCGCGCUGCCGCUCUUCGCGUUCUCGCCGCACGCCAUCCCGCAGCUGGAGGACGUGUCCGCCGUGCUGCACGCGCACAGCGGCUGGCGCAUCCGCCCCGUGGCGGGGCUGCUGCACCCGCGCGACUUCCUCAACGGACUCGCCUUCAAGUACUUCCACUCCACGCAGUACAUCCGGCACGCGUCACAGCCCAUGUACACGCCGGAGCCGGACGUGUGCCACGAGCUGCUGGGCCACGUGCCCAUGCUGGCGGACCCCGCCUUCAGCGCACUGGCGCACGCCAUCGGGCAGGCGUCGCUGGGGGCGUCCGACAAGGACAUCUGGCACCUCACCAAGCUCUACUGGUACACGGUGGAGUUUGGGACGGUGAUGGAGCAUGGCGAGGUGCGUGCGUUCGGGGCGGGGCUGCUGUCCAGCUAUGGCGAGCUGGCAUACAUGCGAGCAGGCGCCAACGGCAAGUACCCGUCGUUCGCCCCGCUGGACCCCCUGAGACCACUGCCGCGCAUGAGCUACAAGGACGGCUUCCAGCGCACCUACUUCCUCUGCCAUGGCUUCCAUGACCUCGCCUCCAAGCUGCACUCCUAUGCCGCUGUCAUGGCUGCUCGCAGGGAAGGUGCAGGGGUACACUGA